AUGUAUCGAUCCCUUUUCUUAAAAAUUAUGCACAAAAUAUGUGAGGUUGACCUCGACUUUCGACAAAGAAAAGAUGCUGCAAGAAUUCCAGGUCAUAGUCCACACAUGAAAAUGUAUGCCGUUAAGAAGUGUAUUUGUAAAGUUAUCCCACCUGAUAGCAUUGAAGAUUAUAUCUGUAUGGCUUCUUCUACUAUUUACUAUUAUAUUAAGAAGUUUUGUGAUGCAAUUAUGUUUGGGUUUAAUGCGGAAUACAUGAGACGUUCCACUGUGAAUGAUAUCAAGUGGUCGAUGAAGGAAAACGCAGCUAGAGGCUUUCCAGGAAUGCUUGGUAGCCUGGACUGUAUGCAUUGGGGUUGGAGGGUGUGUCCGAUGGACGGGGCUGGAACACACACAGGCCACAAAAGUUAUUCCACCUGUGUUCUUGAGGCGUUUGCUUCAUACGAUAGGUGGUUUUGGCAUGGGUAUCUUGGAGUGGGUGGAUCAAGCAAUGAUCUUAAUGUUUUUAAGUCCUCUAAUUUGUUUGAUGAUAAUCUCAAUGAGGAUGAACAUCGUGACCCGGAGUGGAACUAUGUGCCAAACCCACCUCAUGCACAUAUAGUCGGAUACUUGAGGCAGACAAGCGAGUCAUUACAAAACCCAGUUCUUCAUGAGAGACUUCGUACGGAUCUUGCAGCUCAUAUAUGA